AAAUUAUCGCAGAUGUCGUACAAGGUCGAACCUCUGCCUGAUUCCAAGGCCCGAUUGGGCGAAGGACCCCACUGGGAUGAGGCUCGCCAAAGCCUGUACUACGUGGACCUCGACUCGGCCGGCAUCAACCGCUACGAUUAUAACCAAAAGAAGAUCUACAAGGCCAAGAUAGAGGGCGAGAAGUAUGCCUCUUUCAUCCUGCCCAUUGAGGGCAAGCCCCAGGAGUUCGCCGUGGGUUGCUUGCGUCGAUGUGCGAUCGUCGAGUGGGACGGGACCUCCCCAGUGGCCAAGGUGGUGCGCACCCUUUUCGAGAUUAGGCCAGAACUGAAAGACAACCAACUAAACGAUGCCAAAGCCGAUCCAAACGGGCGCUUCUUUGGAGGCACUAUGCCCCAUGGAAUCAAAGACUUCCAAAACGUGUGGAAUGGAGAACUAUACAGCUGGGAGAAGGGUCAGCUGAAAGUCCUCAAGGAGAAGGUGGGCCUCUCCAACGGCCUAGCCUGGGACACCAAAGCCAAAAAGUUCUACUACGCGGACACCAACAACUUUGAAGUCGAGUCCUACGACUACGACCAGGCCACUGGCGCUAUUUCCAAUCCAAAGGUGGCCUUUGAUCUGAGGAAGAUCCGCCCUGAAGGCCCUUUGUUACCCGAUGGCAUUACCGUCGAUACUGAGGGCAACCUCUACGUGGCCACAUUCUGGGGAGGCACUGUCUUUAAGGUUGAUCCCAGCACUGGAAAAAUCCUCCUGGAGAUUACCAUUCCCACCAGCCAGGUCGCCUCGGUGGCUUUUGGAGGCCCCAACCUGGAUAUCCUUUAUGUGACGACCGGCGACAUUACCGAUCUGCCCAAGCCUGCUGGCACCAUCUUCCAGGUGACGGGACUGAAUGCCAAGGGUUACCCCGGGGUCAGUUUGAAGAUCUAGAAUCAAAGCUAACUAUGCCAU